GCAGAGAAGGACAUGUCUACCACAGAGGCAUCAAACAUGAACACAACUGAAGCAGAGAAGGACAUGUCUACCACAGGGGCAUCAAACAUGAAAACAACUGAAGCAGAGAAGGACAUGUCUACCACAGAGGCAUCAAACAUGAACACAACUGAAGCAGAGAAGGACAUGUCUACCACAGAGGCAUCAAUCAUGAAGACAACUGAAGCAGAGAAGGACAUGUCUACCACAGAGGCAUCAAACAUGAACACAAAUGAAGCAGAGAAGGAAAUGUCUACCACAGAGGCAUCAAACAUGAACAUAACUGAAGCAGAGAAGGAAAUGUCUACCACAGAGCCAUCAAACAUGAACACAACUGAAGUAGAGAAGGACAUGUCUACCACAGAGGCAUCAAACAUGAACACAACUGAAGCAGAGAAGGAAAUGUCUACCACAGAGGCAUCAAUCAUGAAGACAACUGAAGCAGAGAAGGACAUGUCUACCACAGAGGCAUCAAACAUGAACACAACUGAAGCAGAGAAGGAAAUGUCUACCACAGAGGCAUCAAACAUGAACACAACUGAAGCAGAGAAGGACAUGUCUACCACAGAGGCAUCAAACAUGAACACAAAUGAAGCAGAGAAGGAAAUGACUACCACAGAGGCAUCAAACAUGAACACAACUGAAGUAGAGAAGGACAUGUCUACCACAGAGGCAUCAAACAUGAACAUAACUGAAGCAGAGAAGGAAAUGUCUACCACAGAGGCAUCAAACAUGAACACAACUGAAGCAGAGAAGGAAAUGUCUACCACAGAGGCAUCAAACAUGAACACAACUGAAGUAGAGAAGGAAAUGUCUACCACAGAGGCAUCAAACAUGAACACAACUGAAGCAGAGAAGGACAUGUCUACCACAGAGGCAUCAAGCAUGAACACAACUGAAGCAGAGAAGGACAUGUCUACCACAGAGGCAUCAAACAUCAACACAACUGAAGCAGAGAAGGAAAUGUCUACCACAGAGGCAUCAAGCAUGAACACAACUGAAGCAGAGAAGGACAUGUCUACCACAGAGGCAUCAAACAUCAACACAACUGAAGCAGAGAAGGACAUUUCUGUCACAAAGGCAUCCAACAAUGGUACAACUGAAUCAGGGAAGGGAAUGUCUGUUACAAAGACAUCCAAUAUUCCUAUUUCCUUCACAGAGGUAUCAAACAUCAACAUUACUAAAGUAGAGGGAGAAAUUUCUGUCACAGAUGUAUGCAACAUGAAUACUACCGAAGCAGAGAAGAAAAUGCAAACAGAUGGUUGUAACAUAAAUAUCACUAACCAUGAUAUCCCUAUAUUAGAGAUUACUAUUGAGGCUGUUGUGUUGGGGGUGAUAUCUGUUUCAGGUACAGUAGGUAAUGCACUCACACUCUUUUCUAUACUAACAUCAAAGCAGUUGUGGAAGUCCCGACAUAGUAUGUUAGUCAGUCUUGCCAUCUCAGACAUCCUGAUAUGUGCUUGGAGUGUUCCAGUAAAUCUGUACACAACUGUGUAUUAUAAACAUCAAAUAAACACAUUACUGUGUGAGAUCACUGCAUACGUUCAAGUCUGGUCCUUUGGGGCUACUCUUUACACAAAUGCAUUUAUAUCAUUUAAAUACUUUAUUGCUGCUAAACCUCAAGUUUCAUGUUACCAGAAUUGGGACAAAUGGCCAGUUCUUGUGUCUUCUUUGGUUUUAAUAUGGAUUAUUUCAUUCUGUAUACUCAUAGUUCCCCAUUUGGCCGGUGUCAUACGACCGGGGUAUUUCCCUAUAUUUGGAAUGUGUUUAAGUGCUCUUGACGCAACAGAUAUGGAGAACAUUGGGCGCUGGAUCAACUGCGUCUAUGGCCUUAUUGUUGUCCCAAGUCUUAUCCUCCCUUUUUAUUUCUACAUAAGGAUAUUCUUCAUCGUCAGAAGAAGGCUAAAAUUCAGGCAUAGUGC